AACGCUGUUGCACAGUCGCUUCUGCAACUGCUUUGAAAAUUAAUCUUCACUUUCUUCCCAAAUCUCACUCCUUCACUGAAUCACUGCUGCUGCUCUCUCUCUCCCCUUCUCUUUUCCCCAAAAACAGCGUUGCUUAGUCAAUGCGCUUUACCUAAUCUGCCUUUAUUAACAGAGACAGUGAAAUGUGUUCUGCUGAAGGUGAUGAAAAAUAGAAUACUGAAUGUUUGUCUGCUAUAAGUCAAUUGCGCCACAAAAUCUCCGGUGAUUGCUCUUAUGGUAUCUAAUCAACAUCUAGGCUCCAAUUGUCUUAGGGUUAUGCCUUAAAUCAAGUAGGUCAAGUGUGCAUUGAAGAGAUCAGUCUGGGAAAAGUCCAUCUUGGACUGCCUUGUUUGUUUCUCCUCAAAAGACGAAACAUAGGAGAAAAAGGAUGGUUUUCUCCUGUGUGAUUCAUAGACCUGUUGGAAUUGAUUUUUGAUGAAACAUUUGUAAAGAAAAAAGUAGGGGAUUUCGCCAUUCAUGAAACCAAAAGAGGAUGAAGAGUAAAUACAUCCCAAAACGUUAUGUGAUUGUUAUCUUGACCUUCAUCUGCACUUCUGUGUGCUACAUAGAACGAGUCGGCUUCUCUAUUGCAUAUACUGCAGCUGCUGAUGCUGCAGGAAUAGAUCAAUCAAGCAAGGGCAUGAUACUCUCAACAUUUUAUUAUGGUUAUGCCUGUUCACAAAUUCCUGGUGGUUGGGUGGCUCAAAAAAUUGGAGGAAGGCGCGUUCUUCUAUUUUCAUUUCUUUUGUGGUCCAUGACUUGUGCUUUUGUACCACUGGACCCAAAUCGAGUUGUAAUCUUGGUUGUAGCCCGGUUGCUUGUUGGGGUGGCCCAGGGCUUCAUCUUCCCCUCCAUUCACACUGUACUAGCACAAUGGGUGCCCCCACAUGAAAGGUCUAGAUCUGUAUCUCUCACAACUUCAGGAAUGUAUUUUGGUGCAGCUGCAGGAAUGCUUAUCCUACCUAGCCUUGUAAGAUUGAAAGGUCCGCAGUCAGUAUUUCUUGUUGAAGCGGCUUUAGGCAUCAUGUGGUCUCUACUUUGGUUGAAGUACGCCAGUGAUCCACCUCGCUCUGAUCAUCCAAAGGCUACAGCUGCUGGUUUUGGUGAGUCGUCGUCCUUGCUUCCGAUCAAAGGAAUUCAAAAGGCGAAGGUAGAAAAUGGAGUACAUUCCAUGAGAACACCAAAAAUCCCAUGGAAGAGAAUAAUUUUCAGCUUGCCAGUCUGGGCAAUAGUGGCAAAUAAUUUUACUUUCCACUAUGCUCUUUAUGUACUCAUGAAUUGGCUUCCUACUUACUUUGAGUUAGGCCUCAAUCGUAGUCUUCAAGAAAUGGGCUCCUCUAAGAUGAUCCCUUAUCUAAACAUGUUUCUGUUCUCAAAUAUCGGCGGGAUUAUCGCGGAUCACUUGAUUACCAGGAGAAUUAUGUCUGUGACUAAAACAAGAAAGCUUUUAAACACACUGGGAUUCAUGGUGGCUUCCUGCGCGUUGAUGUCUCUUCCCUUGUUUAGAACGCCUAAUGGGGUUGUGUUCUGUUCUUCGGUGGCUCUUGGUUUCUUGGCACUUGGAAGAGCUGGAUUCGCUGUUAACCAUAUGGACGUUGCUCCAAGAUACGCAGGAAUCGUAAUGGGGGUCUCUAAUACAGCUGGUACCUUAGCCGGCAUAGUUGGGGUCGAUCUUACAGGUCGACUUCUGGAAGCUGCCAAGGCCGCGCAGUUGGACCUGACGAGUCCAGAGAGCUGGAGAGCAGUUUUCCUUAUCCCGGGUUUCCUCUGUAUCUUCAGCUCAAUAGUGUUCCUUGUAUUAUCAACUGGGGAGAGAAUUUUUGACUGAGCCUAUUUAGUAUGAGCAGUCAUUAAAGAAGGUAUAGUUUUUUAGUGGAAAUCAUUGGUUGGCUGGAUGCUAGUUAUUUAGAACAACUGGCACUGGCAGAGUUGAUAUAUCCUUAUAGCUGCUGCAUGACUUUGUAACAUUGAAUAUACACAUCAUGGAUUUGAAUUUGCCCCAUCCAUCAUUCAGACAUGGCAUAUCAUAUUUAUUUCUCUUUUUUGUACCUUA